GUGACAAGAACAAAAAAAAAUAAUCCAUUCCAAAUGGCCACCAUCAAAGCUCCACUCCACACCGUUUUGUAUAACUUUUUUCUCACCACCACCACCAUCAACUAUUUACGCACAUCAUUCAAAUUCGCUCACAAUGUCGUUUAUUUGGAGCGUGAAGCAAACCGACCCGAGAAACAGCAUACAGAAACAAACAAAAAACGGAUCAGCAAAAUCUAAAACCCAUUGCGAAGCGAUAAAACCCUGCCAGCCGUUUGCCAUGACGCGUCGUUUUAUCUUGCUCUCUGCCCUUGCUUUAUUUAUUUACACUGCAAACUGCCGGUCACUACAACAGCUCCACGGCUCCGGUGCGUUUUGGGGGCUAUGGUGAAAAACGCCCAGUUGGAAAAUUCACGUCCAGUAGUGCUCAGUGCAAAGCAAAAACUAAUCAAAUGGUGCUCACUCAUCGGAUAAGCCUUUUUUCAUCUUUUUUUUUGUUACGGUGCUAUUUUUUAGCUGAACACCCAUCGUUUCACAACACAAGCUGCCACAGUGCACUGCAGCGAGCUGUAAAACGCUGUGGUCCUGUCAUUAUAAAGCUGGCAAGUUCACGCAAGGCUCAGAUGGGGAUGAGGUAGCUAAGCUUCGUUUUUUUGUGCUCAUUUUUGUACGCGUUUGUCUUCGAAUCUCGUGCUGAAUCGCUGUUUGCUUACAUACUUCACACUGUACCGUAUCGAAGCGGAUGAGAGGGGUUUGCAUCUGUUUCGCUGUUUGUAAUGUAGACGUAAAUUGGUAGCUAGUAAACCGGUUCAAGUUCAGUUUUAUGGGAUUUGCUUGAGGAAGAAAAAAAGCACUGUGACGAAGCUUUGAUGAUGUAAAUCUUUAUUCCUUUUGCAGUGGAGCUACAAGCUGUGUAACAUUUUAUAGUCGCUAGUAAAGCGGCAUCCAAUCAGAGUAAAGCAGGCUGAAAUGAACUUAAGUCAAUUAGUUUUUAAACCGACGGAAAGCACCUUUUAUAGCGCCUACAUGUAUGCAAUAAAAUGCAAAAAAAUGCAAUUAGUUUUUAAACAUUGUUCGUCGAUCUGAAAAUCUCUUCUGAUAGGAAUAAAACAAAACUGUAACUCAAAAAUAGGUUGAUGGCAUCUUGAAUAGUAUUAAAUUGUUUUAAAAUUAUUCUACCCUACCUACCCUUUACGCCUAAAGGUAUGCAAUUCAAAGCACAAAGUAGUGCUUUAGCAAUUCUUUCGUUCAUUGCCUUGUUUGGCAUCACUACAAAAAUGACAAUUAGUUUAAAAUAAUAUUUAGUGUAUAUUAAUGAAGUAAUGUAGUUUUUCGCAUAUCUCAUAACUACCCUUUACUGAAAGCGCAGUUCCGUCCCAGACAAACGGCAAUAGUUUAUUUCGCCGGCACGAAAGUUAACGAUCAUCUUCACAUUAUUCCGCUCAUCGUCCAUUAAGAGCGUCAUCAUUAUCAGUUAUAUUCACAGCACAACACUGCCAGACACUCUGCCAGUGAGUCUGUGACCAAUUUCGCCCGAAACCGAGGGAGGCAGUCCCAACAACCAAUCCUACUACGGCUUUCCUACCAUCCACGUCGUCUAUCGCAAAGCACAAAUGCGCAACAAUUUCGUUCGUUCCACAACCACUUUCUCCAUCGAAGUUAGGGUGAAGGACGAUCAGGUCUACAUCGACGAGCGGGCCGUCAUAUGGGGCGAGCGGGCGGGUGAAGGGCUGGACGUGACCGUACCGGUGCUGGUGCGCGGUCAGCAUCAGUUCCCGUUUCGCUUCAACAUCCCCGAAACCAACCUGCCCUGUAGCUUCGAGUCACGUGCCUGUUACAUCCGUUACUUCGUUAAGGUGACGAUUGAUAUACCGUACGCCUCACCACCGCAAGGAAUCAAGUACUUCACCAUCAUCGGCCCCCACAUAGACUGUAUGGAUGAGCAAUAUCUGAAACCGGUCUCGGGACAGGACAAGAAGGUCAAGUGUUGCCUGUGCUGUGCCAAAGGACCCGUCACGCUCAGCUGUUCCCUCGACCGGACGGCGUUCUGUUGCGGUGAAACGCUCAAGCUGAAAUCGAUCAUCGACAAUCAGGGCGAGGAAGCAGUCAAGCUGAAGGUGCGCCUGCUGCAGUACUGCGAGUUCUUCGUCGAGCGGGGCGUGCUCGGCGUCACGAAGGAGGUGCAGCAUCUGGUGCUCGAGUACAAGGGCGAAACGGUGGUGCCGAACGAGCGGCAGGACACCUGUGCCAACCUACGCAUCCCGACCGUGCCAACCACGACGAUGGGCGUCUGCCGGUUGGCACAGAUCUACUACACACUCGUGGCCUGCCUGGAGUUCGAUAAAUCAGGCGACGACUUGCAAAUUAACUUCCCCAUCACGAUCGGCACGGUGCCGUUCCGAAUACCGAACAGCAAUCUUCAACCGCACAUAGGAUACGAUGUGGCGAUCGAUCACGUCGAGGGUGGCACCUACAUUGGGCCCGAGUUCCUGCUCGGCGAGGUAUACGAUGGGUGCAAUGUGAGCGACAACGAGCACCGGGAUCUGGCACCGCUCUACCGUCCCGUCUACCUGACCGUCGUCCGCAGCUCGCAGCAAAUAUCGGCCAAAGCGGUCGAGCGCAACAACAGGCGGCAAUCGGCAGCGGCCGUGCUCGGCGGUGGUGGUGCUGGUGGUGGUAUCAAUCCCACCCCUUCCUCAUCAAUGGACGGUGGUGGUGGUGGCGGUGGAGCGGCAAGUGGCAGUAGUAGCAGUGGCCAGAAUGGUGCAAGAACCUCAUUGGACGCCAGGCAUGAGCUCCAGCGGUACCGGAAGUAGUGCGGGCUGGGACUGGGUUAAUGCACACAGACACACUUACAUGUGCCACACCUACUACGGACCGGUACACGCAAGAAAGCGCAGGUCAUUUCGGGCGUAUUCCGGUCCAAAAGCGAGCCAAAAGCGUGUCAACAAACCCCUGCAACCCCUUUCCAGGAAACCGGAACUGGAAAGAAAAGCAAAAAAGGGAAAAACGAAACAGUUAAGGAUGGAUUGGGGAAUUGGGGUUGGAAGGUAGCUUUGAAGGACACUUUUCUCGUCUCCGCCAACGUUCGUUAUGGUCCCUUUCUUUCCAACCACCCACCACCACCCCCAAAAGCAACAGAACCUUCUGGAUCCAAGGCAAAGAAGGAAAGGAUGGCGCCCAAGUAGAGAGUGAAAAAGGCACAACAAAAUUAAGAAUAACAACGAACGAACGGCCAAAAAAGUUCGCAAACCAGGGCGCAGGCAAGCACAGUUUUGUUGUUGAGAAAAGACUCCUCCAGAAACAGGUGGAGAAAAGGAUUACCUCCCCCAAAUGUACCGGUAGAGAGUGGAGAGAGUUCACCAAGAAUAGAGAGUUUCAAGAGUAAACAAGAUUGUACAAGGUUGCAGCAUAGAAUAGAGGAAGGUUUGAAGAGGCUUGAGGACAUUUCUGAGGGGUGGUGGGAGGGGGGGAGGACAAA